AUGGCGUCAUUAAAUGAGUCAAUUAAGUUAAUUAUUCGUACAACAAAUAAUAAAUAUGUAGAUUUUGUUUUGGAACUUUCCCCAUUAUUAACUGUUUAUGAUUUAAAACAAAAAAUAACAUUAAAUCAUCCAACUAAACCAAUACCUAAAGAUCAACGAUUAAUUUUUUCUGGUAAACUUCUUGAUGAUGCUAGUAUACUUAAUCAAAUAUUUAUUAAAUCAACAUCCGGAUCAUCAUUUAUGAUUCAUCUUGUUCUUGAUUCGGAUAAAAAUGCAUCUACACCAAGAACUAAUCAACCAACAACAACAACAACAACAACAACAGUACAAACAUCUUCUAUUGUUACAGAACCACUUUUAACAUCUGAUAUAAUAUCAAAUUCUUCACAUUCAAAUGCUUAUGAACAGUAUUUAGAAGAAUUAUAUAAAUAUCAACAACAACUUCAACAAUUUAUAAUUAAUCCAAAUGGAAAUUCACCAAUAUGUAAUUAUGAAAGUCAAGCUUAUUUACAAUAUUGUUAUACACAUUAUCAAAUGUAUCAAAAUUUACUUACAUAUCAAAGAACAGUAAUACCUUCAUCGACAACAACAACAACUAGUUCAAUACAACAAUCAAUUUCUACUGAUAAUAAUACUACUCCUCCACCACCACCACCAGCAGCAGCACAACAACAAGCAGCAGCAGCAAAUAAUAAUAAUGAUGCUGAACAAGAGAAUGAUCUAUUAGGAGUGUUAAAUAUGUUAGUCGAAUUAUUUGUUCUUUGUUCGAUUAUUUAUUUCUAUUCAACAUUCAGUCGUUUUCUUGUUGUUUUUGUUAUUUUUGCUCUUCUCUAUUUACAUUGCCGUGGUUAUUUAUCUAUACAUAGACGUCGACGUGCACAAGUACCACCGGUACCAAUUGUUCCUGAACAACCUGCUGCUGCCGCUGCAAAUGAUGUCGAACAAGGAGGAGAAGAUGAAACUGAAGUUGAAGUUAUAGCAAAUGAAGCUCAAAAUCAAAAUGAUAUUGAGCGUCAACGUGUAUGUAAAAUGUUUUGUUUUUUUGAACCUAAACCUCCACCACCUCCACCGGCUCCUCCUGUUGGUGAUAAUCAAAUAACAACAUCACGUCUUUUACUUACAGCUGUAUCAACAUUUUUUUCAUCAUUAAUUCCUGAAAGACCUCAACGUGCUUGA